AUGGACCCCGUAGGAAGCGCCCAAAUUUGCGUCAGCCUCAUAAACCAAAUCUACACUUUCAUAUCCGAAGUUCGCGGCGCCGACGCCAGCAUCGUGACACUACGCACCGAGAUCGAGCGCGCAAGCCGCACGCUCAGAGGCAUCUCGACGACCUGGAACAAACACCGCAAGAUCAUCCAGGCGCAAGUCAAGGCCGGGUCCGGCGCAUGGGCAAGCGUGGAUGUAGUUUUGAAAGAAACGAAGGGGACGUUGGAUGAGGUGCGCAACUUAGUGAAGGCGUUGAGCACGAAUAGCGUAGGGAGUUUGGAGCUGAGGGAGAGGUGGAGGAGGCCGGCGUUAGCGAUACGAUUAAGGUUAGAGGGGGGAGAGAUUGCGGAGUUUAGGAGGAGGUUGGAGGGGCAUAAUAAUGAUGUUGUGGCGCUUUUGAGUGCGGUUGAGUUUGAUAUUCAGAUUACGCAGAUGGCGCAGCAGAUGGCGAGGGAUGAGAGGGAGAAGAAGAGUGAGAAGAAGAAGGAGUUGGAUAACAAGAAGUUGAUAGCGGAGGUGGCGAGUAAAGCUGCGAAGAAUGCUACGGAGCAGUUGGUGAAGAGGUUGAAGGAGGAGGAAGCGGAGGCGGCGAGGAAGGCGAAUAGGAGAGCAGAGAAGAAGGCGAGGGAAGAUGCUGGGAAGAAUGAGAACUCAUCAGAAUCGCUGGGACAGAAUGGCGAUAAGAAGUCAAAAUCCAACACUCCGCAGAGAGUUGUGCCACUUCCUACGACAAAAAGAGCUGUACCGCUUCACACAACACCUCCACAGAGAGUCGUACCACAUCCCACAACAAAAAGAGUUAUACCAUCUCCCACAACACCUCCCACAACACCUCCCACCACACCUCCAAAAAGAGUUGUACCACUUCCCACAACAAAGAGAAUUGUACCACUUCCCACAACACCACCCAACAAAAAACCCGAGAACAAGCCCAAAACAAAACAAGAAACCCCGAAACCGAAAGAUGAGAAGAAAGGUAGCGAAAAGAAGAAGGAUAUAGCGAAAGAAGAUAACAAACUAGCGAGAAGUGAUAGUCUGAUGGUGGAGACGGGGUGGGAUUGA